GGUCAGUAGUGCGCGAGCGCAGUUCGCAGCGUACAGUCGCCCAGUUGAGCGCGCGCCGACGCGGAAGUCGCACGAGUUGGCGCAAAUCGACCGACUGUACCGACCCGGCAUAACCUGGCACCUAUGUACAUCGUAAAAUUCGAACUAUGGUGUGACCGCAACCGUAGGUACCUCCGGGAUCCAGCAGGUUGGCCAUUGUUCCCACUUUAUGACAAUUCACGUGUUAUUUCUUGCUGUUGGCGUUAGACCAAAGUUUUGAGGCAAAACGGUGAACACUUGAAAUUAUUUAACGUUUGUUUUGUGUGCGUCAUGGUUAGUUACGGUUAAACGCGAGUGCUAGUGUAACACAAAUAUAAUUAUUAACAAUUCAUAGGAAUAUUCAUGAGUAUGUAGAGAUAACAAGAGUUUAAUAUGAUAGCGUUAAUGAGGAAAGAAAACGUAAGAACAGAACAGACGUGAUACGAUGGUGACAUGAGGCGUUCGCAUCAGUAGUAUGCGUGGUCCAGCGCUGUGGGUAACGUACGCGCUUCCAGCGCUGGUCGCGCUGCUGGCAUGCAGCACCGCUCAGCCUGCGCCAACGCUUUGCGAUGACGACGCCUGUCGCUGCGACCCCUUCACGCGGCUCAUAUGCAACUGUACUCGCGAUUAUGACGAGGUGACGCUGCGACCGGACGGGCCGUACCGCGUGCCUUCCACAGCGUCCGGCAUCGUGAUCGACGGCUGCAGCAGAGUUCACUUCCUCUCGGACACGAUACGUGGCCUCAUCCAUCUCCGCAAUGUGGAGAUCAGGAAUGUCGCUCACGUCGUUAUUAAUGAGCGUGCCCUCGCAUGGUCACCGUUUUCGCGUGACAGUGAACUGAACCCCGGACUUCGCAUAGCUAUCCAUAACAGCACCAUCAAUGAGAUUGGCUCGCACGCGGUACAAGGUCGGGUCGACGACAUUACGAUAACCAACAGUCGCAUCAGUAACCUAAAGCCCUUCGCUUUUUCUAGUCUAUCAGGAGUCAAAAACAUAGAAUUAAGUAAUAACAUAUUUGAUAACAUCGAAAUACAAGCAUUCAAAAAAUUCUCAACGUUAAAUUUUGUACUGCGAGGCGGUGAGAUCGGAUUCAUUCCAAGCAGAUUCCUAUCGGACGUGGAAGUCACCAAUUUGUUCCGAGUAGAGGGCGUUACCAUCGAACACUUGUCGAGUUUGGCUUACCUCGUUCAUUCACCAAAGAGAGUCCUCAUUGAAAGCAACAAAAUUGAUACCAUGGACGGUGAUGGGUUUCAUUUAGUAUCUCAGGGGCCAAUUACUUUUAGAAAUAAUUCAGUGAAAACUUUAAAAAAGGGUGCAUUGUUCGGGUUUAGUGUGGAUUUGGACGUGCUGUCCACAUUCGGUCGGCAAGAGUUGUUGUUAGAUAAUAAUACAGUGACGGACUUGAUGCCAUCGUCUCUUAUAUUUAAUCGGUCCAGUUUGACUUUACGUGUUGAUGGUUUGAACAUUAAUGUGACGUGUAGUUGCGCGUUGGCGGAGCAGUGGCGCGACAUGCUCAAGGAGCAGGGGGGCAUAAUCAGCUGCUGGUACGAACUGGAGAAACAUUUCAUAUCGUUACCGACUUACGUGAACAGCAGAUGUGGAGCGUUCAAACAGAACUUUUGGAUAUAUGUCGUCGUGGGUGUGAUAUUAGUUGUAAUCGCGGCGGCCAUUACGAUAUUUUUUAUUGUGAAGCACGAGAACGAAAAGAAGAAAAAGUUACAGAUAGUAAUGCCCGACGGUAAGACGUACAGGGAGACGGAGUUCCAUAUAGUGGUAGAGAGAGCUGAGCUCCUUACCACAGACCUAUGACCAAGAAACAAGUGCUUAUUUAAUAAGGAAAAGUUUUUUG